CGCCUCUCCGACAAGGUCUUCUGCUACAACCCCCUCACUGACACCUGGAGCCAGGAGCUGCCUCUGGCUCAGCCCCGCUCACAGCUCAAGCUGCUGGCCCUGGACGGUUACCUCUAUGCCGUGGGGGGCGAGUGCCUCUUCACCGUGGAGAGGUAUGACCCGCGGGCUGACCGCUGGAGCCCCGUGGCACCCCUGCCCAAGGGUGCCUUUGCUGUGGCUCAUGAGGCCACCACCUGCAACGGGGAGAUCUAUGUGUCGGGGGGCUCCCUCUUCUACCGCCUGCUCAAGUAUGACCCCACGCGCGCCUAGUGGCAGGAGUGCCCUUACAACACCAGCCGCCGGCGCUCUGCUGACAUGGUGGCCUUCAAGAGCUUCAUCUACCGCUUCGAUGUGAGCAGUGGCCGUGGUGGGGAGCAGGGCCCUGGUGGUGGGACUGGCGGUGGUGUCGAAGUUUUCCGGUACAACACGGUGGCCAAGCGCUGGAGCCAGUGCGCCAGCCUGCGGCCCAGCGGCGGCCCCAUCCAGCCCUUCCGCUGCGCCCCCUUGGGCAACACCAUCUACUGUGUCAACCGGACCGGCACCCUCCGCUUCAGCCUAGCCCAAGAUGGCGAGGUGGAAGCAGAUGGCGGGCUCAAGGGCACCUUUGAUGGGGAGCUUCUUAAAGCUCCCUUAGAUGCCAAGGGUGUGCUCCUACCCUUCGUGCUCACCCUGCCUGAGAGGCUGGACAAAGCGGGGGACCAGGAGGGCUCCCUCCCCCUGUGA